UGUCUAAUAUUCAGCAACCCAUGCAUACGUGUCCCUCUUUCACUCUCCUCUCUUUCACUAUAAAUUCAGUUGCAAACUUAAGGUUCUCCGCAUCACAACACAAUAAUCAACAAACAUUCAUUCUAUCAAUCUAACUAUGGCUAAUAAGCUUCUUGCACUCUCUCUUUCACUUUGUUUUCUACUUUUUGGUGGCUGCUUAGCAUUAAGAGAGCAGCCUCAACAGAAUGAGUGUCAAUUAGAACGCCUGAAUGCCCUUGAACCAGAUAACCGUGUAGAGUCAGAAGGUGGAAUGAUUGAGACAUGGAAUCCCAAUAACAGACAAUUCAGAUGUGCUGGUGUGGUUCUCUCUCGUGCUACACUUAAAAGAAAUUCCCUUCGUAGACCAUUCUAUUCCAAUGCUCCACAAGAAAUUUUCAUCCAACAAGGUAAUGGAUACUUUGGCAUGGUAUUCCCUGGUUGUCCUGAGACUUUUGAGGAGCCACAAGAAUCCCAACAAGGAGAGGGACGUAGGUUCAGAGAUAGACACCAAAAGGUUAACCGAUUCAGAGAGGGUGAUAUCAUUGCAGUUCCUACUGGUGUUGUAUUUUGGAUGUAUAAUGACCAAGAAACUCCUGUUAUUGCCAUUUCUCUUACUGACAUGGGCAGUUCCCAAAAUCAGCUUGAUCAGAUGCCAAGGAGAUUCUAUCUUUCUGGGAACCAUGAACAAGAGUUUCUACGAUACCAGAAGCAACAAGUUAAAGGAAGGGAAGAACAAGAUAAUGAAGGCAACAACAUUUUCAGUGGCUUCAAGAGGGAUUUCUUGGAAGAUGCAUUGAAUGUGAACAGGCAUAUUGUGGACAGACUUCAAGGCAAAAAUGAAGAUGAGGAGAAGGGAGCCAUUGUCAAAGUUGAAGGAGGUCUCAGCAUAAUGAGCCCACCAGAGAGGCAAUCCCGCCACCACAGUGGCAGCAGACAAGAGGAAGAUGAAGAGAGGUGGCAGCCACGCCCACAUAAAAGCAGAAGAGAGCAAGAGCAAGAAGACGACGAAAAGCACGGCCGCCCCCACCACAAAGGUGGAAGCAGAUGGCAAGACAAUGGACUUGAGGAAACCAUUUGCACAGCCAGACUUCACCAGAACAUUGGUUCAUCUUCAUCACCUGACAUCUACAAUCCUCAAGCUGGUAGAAUCAAAACUAUUACCAGUUUAGACCUCCCAGUUCUCAAUUGGAUCCAACUCAGUGCUGAACACGGAUCUCUCCACAAAAAUGCUAUGUUCGUGCCUCACUACAACCUCAACGCAAACAGCAUAUUAUAUGCAUUGAAGGGACGUGCAUGGAUACAAGUAGUGAACUGCAAUGGCAACACUGUGUUCAAUGGGGAGCUAGAAGCUGGUCGUGCAUUGAUAGUGCCACAAAACUUUGCUGUGGCUGCUAAGUCACUAAGUGACAGAUUCACAUAUGUAGCAUUCAAGACCAAUGACAAUGCUGCCAUUGCCAGGCUUGCAGGGACAUCAUCCACUCUAAGUGGUAUGCCUGUGGAUGUGAUUGCUGCUACGUUCAACAUGCAGAGGAAUGAGGCUAGGCAAGUGAAAUCCAACAAUCCUUUCAAAUUUCUAGUUCCCCCUCGUGAGUCAGAAAGGAGAGCUGCAGCUUAGAAACAAACUCUGCUUCUGAGUCUUUUUGCAUGAGACAUGUAACACUAUGCAAUAAUAAAGAGAACUAUGAAUAAAAACAAAGGCUUAGAUGCCUUUUGGUAAGUGUAAAAUCAUGAGUAUAUACUCAUUUUGAGUCACGAACCUUUAUCCGGAAGUGAAUUAAGUAAAAGUGAAAUAAUCCCAA